AUGUUGGCUGACAGCAGCAGCAGCAGCAGCAGCAGCAGCGGAUUUUCAUCUCCUGCAUCGCUGCCGCUGACUCCAUCAUUUACAGCAGCUGCAGGGCUUUUCAGUGGCGCGCGCAGCAGCAGCGACAGCAGCGAAAAGCAGCUGCAGCAGCAGCAGCAGCAGCAGCAGCAGCAGCAGCAAAUGAGGCGGCUUGUGCCAGAACUGUGGGGCCCCUUCUUUGUUUCAGAUGUUUUGGCCUGGGAAGCCCUCACGUUCCCCACCGUCCCAUCAGCAGCAGCAGCAGCAGCAGCAGCUGCUGCUGCUGCUGCUGCUGCUUCGGAGAGCAGCAAAAACAAGCCCGACAAGCAGCAACAUCGCAGAGGGUGCAGCGAAUGCUGCUGCUGCGACGUGCGCUGCAGCAGCUGCUGCUGCUGCUGCUUGCUGAAGGAAGCUGAGAGAAGCCUGAGGCAAGGAGCAGCGCUGCCGCCGGCGCAGCCGCAGCAGCAGCAGCAGCAGCAGCAGCAGCAGCAGCAGCAACAGCACUACCUUCAGCAGCAGCAAAAGGGUCUUCCUUCCGCCACGCGAGUUGUGAAGGAGUACGCGCAGCAAGUAGCAGCAGCAGCAGCUACUGGGCAGCAGGAGCAGCUGCAGCAGCUGCUGCAGGGCCUCAGGGAGGAGCCUGACAUGCAGCUGCUGCUGGGGCCUCAGUUCGGAGACAGCAGCAGCAGCACAGGCAGCAGCAGCAGCAGCAGCAGCAGCCUUCUCUGGCAGCAGCAGAAGCUGGCUCUGCACGCCGCACAGCAGCAGCAGCAGCAGCAGGAGCAGCAGCAGCAGCAGCAGCAUUGA